AUGGGCUUUGAUAGGACCUCACCUCUGGCAAACCAUUCGAACGAACCCCUGACGAGCAGGCGCGUGUACAAUUGGAACACGACUCAUUUCUACCCAGAUGUGCCCAAGGUCAACAUCGAUCUGACCUUCCAGGCUCCAAACAACCUUGACAUUAACCCUGUUAAAUAUUUUGAAGACCAAUCAAGAUCGAGCUCUGCGCGACCAACUUUUAUUUCGGUGUCAAGGAGAGGAUCCUUAUCAGACGACAAUAACUACAACAACAGCAACAACGGCAGCAAUUUCAACAUCAACAAAAUCUACAACCUUGAUCAACCCUAUAGAAUGAUGAUGAAAAAUAAACACAGAGAUAAAAACAACAACAACCACCACCACAACAAAAAAAGAUCAACCCAGAGAAGGCAUUCAUACGGUGAUAUCAUAAGAUGUGCUUAUAAAUCUGGAGUCAGGUGUGCUGAUGAUAGCAAUAAAGUGAAUUAUGAUAAUAUAAAUAAGAAUGCUAGCAGUAAAAUCAGUAAAAUCAGUAACAACAUUAAUAACAAUAAUAACAUCAAUAAUAUGAAUAAUGACAACAACAAAAAGUUCAGUAAUUUUCAUCAAGGCAAAAGAAACGAUAAUAAAGUGAUUUUACUCGAAAAUGAUGAUGACUCAAAAGAAUGCAAGAGUAUAAGUCAGGAUGAUGUUGAGGAAGAUGUUUAUAUUGAUGAUGGUGUGAAUGAUGGGGACAACGAUGAUUUGGAUGAUGGUGAUGAAGAUAAUGAUAUCAAUAAUGAUUACAUUGAUGAUAACAAUGAUGAUAAAGGUGAAUAUAGGCUUGAUAAUUUUGAAGGCGUCAAUGUAUCCAGUGACGACGACGAUGAUGAUGAUAGUGGCGACGACGACGACGACGAUGAUGAAAGCGCGGAUGAAAAUAAUGAUAACAACAUUGACGAUGAUGAAACGGAUGAUAUCUGUGUUGGGGAUGAUAAAGAUGGAAACGAUACUACAACUAAUAAUAAUCUGAUUAAAAGAAGUGAUAAUGAUAAUAACGGUACUGACAAUAAUAAUACUAAUGAUUAUAAUAAAAAUAAUAAUAAUACUAAAGAUGACGACGACGAUGAUGGAGAUGAGAAAAUGAAUUUUGUUGAGAAAUUAAGAAUGUAUGAGCAGAUGCUCAAAAGGUCAUCUGCCUCAGCAAGUUCAUCAAAGAAGGUUACAAAAUUGACAACCAAGAACGUUACUGUCGGUAGUGUUGGUAACUGCAGCAGCAGCAACAAAAAUAACACUAAUAAAAAUAAUAAUAACAAUAAUGAUGUCGUCAUUUCAAUCAGUCAGGGUGGUGAUUAUUAUGAGGAAGAUUACGAUGGUAAUAACGAAGAGAAUGAUGGCGAUAAUGAUGACGAUGCAGCUUGCGUGAAGAAAGCAAAAGUGUUUAAAAAACAGCAUAGUAACUCUACAAAAAGUCGACAGUCAUCAUCGUCGUCAUUAUCAUUCACCAAACAAAAACACGCCAAUCAUCAAAAACCUGAGCAGCAUAAACCGCAACAACAUUAUCUACAACAACAACAACUACAUCAACAUCAACAACAACAGCUAUAUCAGCAACAACAAAUGACUCAUCACAUGCAACACCAGUACAAAUUGCCGCCUAAGCAAGUGCCUAAUUUGUCAGAACUUUCAUCUCAACCUCAGCAAGCUAGGAAGAAAGAUUCGUUUCAGCAAAAAACUCAGAAACGACAACAAAUGACUCAACAACAUCAACAAUCAUUACAACAACAGCAACAAUACGUACUACAGACUAAAGAACAUCAAAGUUUUCAUCAACCACAAUCAAUACAAAAACAUAAACAACCUAAUCAACAACAUAAACCGCCUAACCAACAACAAUUUCAACAUCACAAACAAGCAAAAAAACAGCAACCACUUCAGCAGCAACAACAACAAAAGUCAGAACGGAUCAAUCAGCAUCAAAUACAGGCAACAUCACCAAAAAAUGUUGACUACAUCGGCAAUCUACUGCUGAAGCAUAAAAACAAUACACUCAAAAACAACCCACCAACAUCAACGAGUGUAAUUCCUCCUCCACUACAAUACAACAUUUGCAAUAGUGACAAAGUAAGUGACAUUAAUACUAAGGACAUUAAUCACAUCAUCAAUGGAAACAUCAGGGAAAACAUCAAUAACAACGUUAUCAACGCAAAUGCUAACAUUACAAAAAAUGUCAACAACGUUAAUUUUGUCAAACCGAAAUCCAAAUCGAUAUCUCCAAAGACGACGACGACGGCGACAACUUCGUCAGAAACAACAUCAGCAAGCAAGACCAUGGACCACAUCCCGUGCUCUGUCAAACCGCCAAUACACCCUAGACCUACGUCACAGCACAGCAAGCUUGAUUGGUUGUAUGACGUCAACAUCAACAACAUCAAUACAAACAUCAACAACAUCAAUACAAACAUCAACAACAUCAAUACAAACAUCAUCAACAGCAUCAAUGACAUUAACACAAGCACAAACAUCAUCAACACCAACAACAGUACAAACAUCAACACUAACAGUAUCUUCGCUAACAUCAAUGCUAAUAUCAUCAAUGGCACAAUUAACGACAGCAAUUAUAUUAAGAAUGAUAGCGAUAUUAUUUUGAGAAGAAAUGUUAACGUUAACCAAGAACACGACCAUUGUGAUAACAAAUUUUAUCCUCAUCAUCUGCGUCAUUCUUCUAAUGAUACAACGUCUUACGUCAAUCCAACUUAUCAUUUGAAUGAUGUCACCAAUCACCAUUUAGAUGACGCUUCUCAAUAUAUCACCCAAUCGCAUUCAAAGAAAAAUUAUGGACAUGAGAGUGACCCAGAGACGUCUACAUGUUUCAGCAUCACUGGCUUCUGCAAACAACCACAACAACAACAACCACAACGUAGACAACAGCUUAGAAAACAACACAGUCUACAGCCAAAUUUACUAAAUUUUCAUAAAGAUAGCAAUCUUCAUUACAAUAGGCACGAAAUUGAUAUAGAUAACAUUGACCACGUUAUUCAGGUUAACAACAGCAGUAGAAACAUCAACAAAAACAAGACAAGCUAUAUUCAUGAUAAUAACAACAACAACACUAGCAUCAACAACAUUAAUGACUUUUUGCCUCCUCCACCAGAUUAUUUUUUUGAAACUAACUUGAAGAGCAAUAACAAUCCAAUCAACAGUUGCCAAAACAUCAGCAAUGAGCCAAACAGCAACAACAACAUAAGAAAUAAAUUGCAUGAGUUGAACAGCUUGAGUCCAGCUGAAAAAAGAAAACCAAUUUUAAGCUGGGGCAACUUAGAAAAUGAGUUUUCAUUGCUAAUGAGAGAUGAUGAGUCACUGCAUACAAAACGACAACAGCGAGAAUUUGGUAUGCAUGCACAAAAUCAACAACAACUGUUUUAUCAACAAUGCUUGAAUAAACAGUCGACUUUACCCGAACAUCAAUGGCAACAGUUCUUACAACAACAAAAUUACCAACUACAACAAAAUUUUAAACAAAACUAUAAGCCAGCACAGAAUCCCCAACAACACCAUUCACAACAGCAAAUACAACAACAACAGCAAUCGCAUCAACAACACUUACAGCAGCAACAACAAUUACAACAACAAUUACAACAACAGCAAUUACGACAACAACAACAAUUACAGCAACAACAAAUACAUCAAAGUUAUGCAAUCUUUGAAAAUGACAAUAAGAUUGAGCUGGUUUUCAAGAUACCAGAAAGAAGCCAACCAAUCAAACCAUAUCAAAGUACUACUGUCAUCAAAAAUAACAUCAACGGCAAAAGCAGUAAUGAUUACAAUCACGUUCUUAAUGCAAGUAAUUUUCUCAAAAUUGCGGUACCCAAAUCUCAGGAUAGAUCAGAGUUGUACUUAAUUUCAGGAGAUGCUAACAAUUCACACAGUUCUGAAAAUAACUAUUGCAAGAAAGAUGACGAAAAAACGAUUCAGUUUACCAAUCAAUCGGGUGGUAAUAAUUUUAACAAAAAGGUUACAAAUUUUCCUCAGCAAGUUGUUUCAUCUUUGAAAUUUCAGCUGCAGCAUGGCCAGCAAAAUUUGAUCACCUCAAGCAAUCAGCAGACGAAACGUGAACAACUGAAAUCCGCUGACAGCGUUUCAAUGAGACACCUCCAUAAAUCUGCUAGCUUGGGUUAUGACGUCACAAGUCGGAGUGAUGAUGACGGUGGUGAUGACAACGACGACGACGAUGAUGAUGGUGCACCAGUUAGUGUUGCUGCCAUCAAGGCUAAAUUGUUUGGACCCAACGAAGAAAAUGCUAGUUGCCUGCUAAACUUGAAGAAAUUAAAUUCCAAUAAAUCUAGCGUUAAGGAUGCAAUCUCCAAGUCAUCAUCAACGCCUCAUUUGAACAAAGAUACUGCUGGCAGAAAUAACAACGCAGUUUGUUUUUCAAAUAAAAUCAUUCAAUACACCAAAAAACUAUCAAAUGAUUCUAACGUUGAUAACAAGCAAUCAAAAGUUUCUUUAAUUCACUCGAAAUCAAAAAGUGCGUUCUACAAUUAUUUGAGCGAUGGAUCAGCGUGUUCAAGUGAUGCAGUUAAGCAGUCGAAGAGAUCCAUUGCAAGAGGUGGGGCCGAUCAUUAUGAUGCCAACUUUGUCAAAUCUAAUCCUGAUUUGAGGAAGGAAUUCAAACAAAUAUCAAAGUAUCCCAGAAAGCUGAGAAGUGGUGGUGACAAAAUUGACGGAUCACUGAAUGUACAGACACAACAGAACAAACAACAACAGUUUCAACAACAACAACAACAACAACAACUUAUAUUUGAUAAUAGUAUUGCAGAGAACAGGGGGUUGGAUGUGCCUACCAAAUGCUGUUUCGCUUCCAAACAGACCACCAACGUUAUGAGGUCACGUUCACUGCACCAGCCUGAUCUACGAAAAGUUGCACUUGAAAAUAAUAAAAAUAAUAACAAGAAAAGUAAAAACAACAACAACAAUAAUAAUAAAAAAAUAAUUUUGAUGAGAAGGAGAAGUAGCAGCUGUGGGGUGGCCAGACUUGUUGAAUUGUUUGAAAAAUCUCAAAGUGUUCCUAAUUUGAUUGAAGAGAAUUUAUUCUUGGAAUCAUAUUCAGAGACUGGGGAAGUAAUUGAUCAUUUGAAAGAACAAGCCAACGAAACAGAAAAUAAACUCGUGCCAAGCAAUCAUCUUAAACAAAACUCCAAAAACAAUGUGAAACCAUUCAAAAGUUCAGAUUCUGGCUACUUGGAAGGUGAAAAUGAAUGUUUAACUGAAAGAAAUAAAUCUAAUAUUCAUUUGAAAUCUUUUGGGGUUGUCCAUGAAAAUAUGAAUAAAAAUGACAGCCACAAUAAUACUAUUAAUAAAACCAGCAAAAAUCAUUCAAACAAUGGCAGCCGCAACUUUUAUAAUGCUGAUGGAGAUAGAUGCAAGCAUAAUAAUGUUAACCAGUUUCACAUGACCCAUCAUUUAAAUGGUCUAAGUGAUUUUAGCAUGCAACACAGUGGUCAAAGUGCAGGCGUUGCUUCCAACUUGGAAGAGCUUAACGGUGACUUUGAACAAGAAAGAUCUAAACUUGCAAAGAAUGUCGUGACUAAAGUUAGCAAAGAUGUUAACUGUUCUGGUAUAAAUUCUAUGAACAACGAGACACUUGCAGGCACAACUAUCUCAAAUGAGAAUUCUCAAACAAGAUCCAACCACCUUUUCAACAACUGCAAAAUUAACAUGAAACAUAAAGAGGAAAAUAUUGAUCCGAUGUACUAUCAGAGAUUUGAGUUGAGCGAUGACACAGGUGAUUUAACAGAUUGCACUGACAUCACUAUCGACGCCAUCCUCGCCCCAAAUCAACUCACAGCUUUCUCGCCACUGAACUUUGAUUUCUCUGACUUAGAAGCCACACCUCAAUACUCUGCUCUCCCGUCAUUACACAAGAACAAAAAUAAAACUGACAAACAUAAGCAAGCAGCAAUUAGCAAAACGGUUAAUCAGAUCAUUGUUCCUUUAAGAAGUGACUCACCUGAUGAACAUGACAGAAAAAGUAAAUACGACAGAAACUCUGAAAGGAGGCAAUCCAUUAAAGAAAUUGUUGAUUCUUUUGAGGAAUUAAACUCUCAACUAAGAAAGGCUAAACCAUGA